CGGUCGCGCUUCCGGAGGUGCGUGCGGACAGCCGCAGUAUACUUGAGCUGCGCCAUCUCCACACAGUUGGGCGGUCUUCGCGUCCGCUGGGCUCCGCGUUCGCGCAGGGUCGCGGCUGGGUGGGAGCGAUGCUGCCCGGCCCGCUGGGGCCUUGAGGCGGGAGCGGCGAGCCGAGCCACUAGUUUGCCAACCGCGCCGAGCCCGCAGCCAUGUCCACGGGGUUCUCCUUCGGGAGCAGCACGCUGGGCUCCUCCACCGUGGCCGCCAGCGGGAGCGGCACGGGAGGCGGUUUCUCCUUCGGGACCGCGGCGUCUAGCAGCCCUUCUGUGGGGCUCAGUCUUGGGAGCCUCGGGAGCACGGCAGCUCCAGUGACAGCACCUGCUCCUUCUGCUGGCUUCGGAGCCGGGCUCUUUGGAUCUAAGCCUGCCACUGGGUUCACUCUAGGAGGAACGAACACAGGCCCACCGGCCACCACCUCUGCGUCCACGGCAGGCUUCAGCUUAGGCUUCAGUAAACCCGCGGCGUCCGCCACACCGUUUGCGCUGCCCAUCACGUCUGCCUCGGCUGGCGGUCUCACGCUCUCGUCCGCUCUGACGUCGACUCCUGCAGCGUCCACAGGAUUCACUCUGAGCAGCCUGAGUGGGACGGCAGCUGCAGCCACCACUGCACCAGCAGGCCUCUCUUUAGGGGGAGCCUUGACGGGUUUGGGAGGGCCGCUUUUCCAAAGCGCAAGCACGGCAGCAUCAGGACUUGGACCAAAUGCUUUAGGUGUGUCUCUGGGAACGGCAGCAGCUGCUUCAGCUGCUGGCAACGAAGGCCUUGGAGGCGUAGAUUUUAGCAGCUCAUCGGAUAAAAAGAGUGAUAAAACGGGAACAAGACCAGAGGACAGUAAAGCACUGAAGGAUGAGACUCUACCUUCUGUCAUCUGCCAGGACGUGGACAACCUGCAGAAAUUUGUGAAGGAACAAAAACAAGUCCAAGAAGAAAUUAGUAGAAUGUCUUCAAAAGCAAUGCUUAAAGUGCAGGAAGAUAUUAAAGCUCUGAAGCAGCUUUUGUCAUUGGCUGCCAGUGGAUUACAGAGGAACACUCUCAAUAUUGACAAAUUGAAAAUAGAAACUGCUCAGGAGUUAAAAAAUGCUGAAAUAGCUUUAAGAACCCAGAAAACACCACCUGGACUCCAACAUGAGAAUACAGCUCCUGCUGACUACUUCAGAAUCCUGGUUCAGCAGUUUGAAGUGCAGCUCCAGCAGUACAGACAACAGAUUGAAGAACUGGAAAACCAUCUUGCCACCCAAGCGAACAAUUCACACAUCACCCCUCAAGAUUUGUCAAUGGCUAUGCAGAAAAUUUAUCAAACAUUUGUAGCUUUAGCUGCACAACUUCAGUCUAUUCAUGAAAAUGUGAAGGUGCUCAAAGAACAGUACCUUGGCUACAGGAAAAUGUUCUUGGGAGAUGCUGUGGAUGUGUUUGAAGCCAGGCGAGCAGAAGCCAAGAAGUGGCAGAAUGCGCCCAGAGUCACUACGGGACCCACCCCUUUCAGCAACAUGCCAAACGCAGCAGCCGUUGCCAUGGCUGCAACACUUACACAGCAGCAACAGCCUGCUACAGGGCCACAGCCAUCUCUGGGAGUUAGUUUUGGAGCGCCAUUCGGCUCAGGUAUUGGCACUGGCUUGCAGUCAAGUGGCCUAGGUUCUUCAAACCUUGGAGGCUUUGGAGCUAGCUCUGGUUUUGGAUGCAGCACCACAGGGGCCUCCACAUUUGGAUUUGGAACAACAAAUAAACCCUCAGGAAGUCUUAGUGCAGGCUUUGGCAGCUCAAGUACAUCUGGGUUUAACUUCAGCAGUCCUGGCAUCACGGCGUCAGCUGGUUUGACAUUUGGGGUGUCCAAUCCUGCCUCUGCAGGCUUUGGAACAGGAGGACAACUCCUUCAGCUGAAGAAGCCUCCAGCUGGAAACAAAAGAGGAAAAAGAUAAACAUGGGUUGAUGUGUUGAGAGAAUCCGUAGCAGCACCGUUCAUUCUCUGAAUCUAUUUUUCUAAAGUUGAAGCAGGAACUAAAUUGCAUCCCAGGAGCUGUAUAAAGUUUUGAUAGUUUUUCCUUACUUCUGGAAUUUGAACUCUGUUCUCGUUUGCCGUGCUAAACAACUUUUCUCUUGUGUAUCUGAAACCUACUUGUGUAUUUUUCAUUAUUUUGAUUCUCAGUGUAAGAAAUAUUACAUCGCUGAUUGGUAGAACCUACUACUAUUUAACCUAGUGUUUGAGCAAUGUUUUUGUUGAUAAGGUUUACAUUAUGUGAAUAUAUGCACAUUUGUUUCUUAUGUAGAUGGUAUGAACUCUAGGGCCUAUACCAGAAUCACUUUGUUCCUUGAUAAAAGGCCUUCUGAACUACACUGCAGGGCAUCUUGUGAAUAUGUAUGUAAAAUAUAUACAGGAUAAUACACACAAUUGUGUGUGCAUAUAGAAUAUAUAUUUACAGACCUACAACUUUUGCCUCAGACUGUUCCCCUUUUCUAAGGGUACUCCAUUUUUCACCUUUUAUGCUUCAAAUCCUCAGUGCUUGUAGAACAAGGAGCUAAAGGCACCAAGUCAUUGUAGUUAUUUGCUUAAAGACUUAGUGAAAUGGUUACUGGUGUAAAUAUUGACCAACUCAACUUCAUUGCCCCCAGUCUCUCCCAUUUUUGUUUCCAUGUUAAUCUCAGCAGCUGCUCCAGAUGAGGGCUGCUGGGACUCAUCAGACCGACUUCAACAACUUUAUUAUCCUAUAUAUCCUCAUAUCUGAAAUGAACCUUCAAGAGCAUAUUUGAACUCCAGACUGGUGUUCUGGGGGCAAAGAGCUAUUAAGCCAAACUGAUUCUAUGCAGGUGAAGGAUGCACUAUUAUUUUAGUGGAGACUUUUCUAGCUAUUCCAAUAGAGAGUUCUUAUAGGGCUAUCGAUAUUGACACCAAAUGGAGUCGCUUAUCAGCCUCUUUUAUGUCUUAAGUAAGUGCUUAAUUUGGAAUAAAGAAACAGUAUAUUUUAAGAAAAAAAGUAUUCUUUGUAGCCACAGUAAACUAUCCCCCGUUUUAACAGUGAACAGAGAGCUCCAGGUAAUAACAUAUAGAGACAUGUCAGGUUUCAUCUAUGUGUUAUUUGUAUUAGUAUUAGUGACAGAGAGUGGGUGAAAAAGAGAGCCCUUGGAAAGAGAACUGCCUUAGCCAUGAUUUCAGACAGAAACCGUUAAGUAGACCUAUUUUAUCUUUCAAGUGCAGUUUUCAGUUGGGAUGUGAACAUGGAAUUUCACUGAAAAUAGUUUAAUUUUUUUAUAUAGAAGGUUUUGUACAUAAUGUGCAUCAAGUGAAUAUUUUCAGAAUCAUUUUCACCAAGGCACCUUUUUUUCUAAAAUAGGUAUAUAUAUAUAUGUAUAUAUAUAUAUACAUGUAUAUAUAUAUACACACAGACACACACACACACACACACAUAUAUUUUAGUAUAACGUUAGUUGGGUUUGAUUAUGAAAGUGUUGUCAAAUCUGUUUUAUUUAUCUGCAUAUAGCAAUGAUUGGCUUUUGGAAUUGAAAUUUUUGCGCCUUGAUGCAUUAAAAUAAGGAAAAUGCUUUGUUUCUGAGCAUGAAAGUUGUUUUUAUUUUUGCAUACUUCCCCAAUACUGCAGUCACCAGAUCCAGGUUUUGGGGAAGGGUAGGAAAACAUGUGGUUUUGUGUUUUGAAUUAAUGUCAGAAUUAAAUACACAUUACAGCAAGCUUUUUUUAAAAAGGACAUUGCAUUGUACUGGAAAAAGCUGGAUAUUUAUAUUUCUUGUGUUUUUUUCUUUAUAUAUUUUACAUUUUAAUAUGUUGACCAUUGGGAAUUUGUAACAGAUCAAUUUGUGACAGGAGUUUAAAUGUGUCGUCACUGUGUCCAUUGUCUCCACUUUGUCCAGAGCCUGUCAUUAUGUAAACAAUAAAAUUUACUGUGUCACUUGCUUUGAAUCUU